AUGGGCUUACUUCAGAAGAUCGAACACAAAGUCGAAGAGCAAUUACUCCAUAAGAAGCAACACCCUCAACAACAGCAGCAAUACCCUUCACAACAAAGCUAUGCAUCUCAGCAACAACCGAUGAGUGGAGGAAACUACCAACAAAGUCAUCAUUCUGGAGGUCACAACCAUCAACAGGGACCAUCACCUGGCUUCGGAGGACACCAACAACACCAUAGUGGUGGCUUGAUUCAGCCCGCCGGAGGACCAGCACAAAGCGGCUUCAGCCAGCAACAAGGUGGCUUCGGCCAAGGCGAGUUCGGCGGUGGCCACUACGGAGGCCCCUCGGGGGGAGGAAGCCAUCACGGAGGACAUGGUCAAAGCGGACCAGGAGCGAGCUUUGGUGGAGGUGAGGAUUUGAGAGGGCAUGCUGGGUUUGAUGGACCGGGAGGGCCGCAGGGAGGGCCGCCGGGUGGGUUUGGAGGUGGCGGUGGUUUUGGACCUCAGGGAGGGCAUGGUGGAGGGCAUGGAGGACUUGGAGGACCUGGAGGGCCGGGUGGUGGACCGUGGUGA